AUGAAAAGAAGUUUUGGGAGGAAUAGAGAAGGGUUGCCUAAAGUAAUGAGAAGUGGGAUUCCUACACUAGAUUUGCUAUUUCAAGGAGGUUAUCCGAUGGGGAGUUUAUGCUUAAUAGAAGAAGAUCCGAGGAAUAAUGAUGCGCUGAAUAUUUCUAGAUGCUUUUUAGGGGAAGGUUGCGUUAGUGAUGAAAAAUUGUUUAUAUAUGGUGAAAAUCUUACCGAAAAUUUGAUUCCAGAUAUAAGGAGAAUUGGAGAUGGCGAGCACAAAUCUUCAUCAGUUCAAUGACGUUACGAGACAUUUAGCAACACAAGUCUUAUAAGUGAGCCAUAUUGCAUUGACUUAGCUAGUACUGCUAGCAAUCAAAGGAAUGCUGUGUUUGGGGUGCUUAGUCCAAGUAUUGAUGAUUCUUAUAAAAAUCUAUGAAAUACUAUAAGACAGGAUAUUUUGUCACAUGAAAAUGCAAAUGCAGGUAGAGUUCUUAUUCUCUCAAUGUUAGGAAGCUCUUGGCCGAAGCUUUCUUAUUCUGAUAUUUAUCAGUUUUUGAAUAGUUUGAAAACUCUAUUGAGAACAAUAAAUGGAGUUUGCAUGAUAACAAUGCCAACAAAUACUCUGAAUGCAAAUCUAUUGAACUUGGUCUAUUCAAGUUGUGAUAUUAUUUUAUCAUGUGAAAGUGUGGAAGGUAAAAAAUCGUCCAUGCUAAGAAUUAAAAAAGCACCUAGGGUGCUUGGAAAUAUUAAUUAUGAAACAAUACCACUUAGGAUAAGAGAUGAUAAAUGCACUAUAGCAAUAGAACAGCUUACAGCUAAAAAACAUAAAUUGCAUCAAGAAAAUGCUUAA